AUGUUGAAACAAACCGUAGCAAUUCUGUUCGUACUGUGCGAAAUUAUCGCAAAUAUCAGUGCCAAUUUUGAGUUGACAAGUUCAUUACCGGUUGCACGUUCGAACCAGCUUCCUCCGCCGGCGCCGGCCGAAGAUCUGUGGCGGACGGCAAAAAUGACAACCUCCCUACAAUCGGUCGGUUCCAUCAGUGCCAACGUGAACGGGCAACUAUCGCCAGAGGAAGCCGAUAGUGGCAGUCCGCAACCGGCGUUUUCGAGUGCCGGCGAUGCCGGAACGACCACCCUGCUGAACGUCAGCGCCCUGUGGAGCAAAUACCUAACGCUUUCCGGUUACUUCGGCCCACCGAUCGAGGACACCCUGAGGGAACGCAUCGCUCCCUUCUGGUUGCAGUUCGAUCCGCCGUCGCCGACCGCCCACCGCACCGUCGGCGUCAUCUUCGUCAUUAUGGCGCUGGUUGGGCUGACCGGUAAUCUGCUGGUUAUUGUCAUGUUUUGCAAGUUCAAAACUCUACGAACGCCAGCCAAUUAUCUGAUCAUCAACCUAGCGGUUUCGGAUUUCAUAAUCAUGCUGGAGUGUCCGAUCUUUGUCUACAACAGCUACUACCUAGGGCCGGCUAGUGGUAAUCUAAUGUGCACGGUGUACGCCAUGCUGGGAGGAAUCGGCGGCAACUGUGCCAUCCUAACGCUGACGAUGAUCUCCAUCGAUCGGUAUAACGUGGUCGUGUAUCCACUGAACCCGAACCGAUCGACCACCCGGCUAAAGGUGAUGCUGAUGAUCAUCUUCUGCUGGAUCUUCUCCGCCAUUUUCGCCGUCAUCCCGAUACUGGGAAUCGGUCUGAGCCGAUACACCCCCGAGGGAUUCCUGACGGCUUGCAGUUUCGACUAUCUGGACAAGGACUAUUAUGCACGAGUUUACAUGUUUUUGUACUUUUUCUUCGCCUGGUGCGUUCCCUUCCUGACGAUCUCCUACUGUUACGUGUCGAUCCUGCGAGUGGUUAUCGGAGCUGGCAGCAUACAGUCGAGUAAGAAUAAGAAUAAAACCGAAAUCAAGCUCGCUGCCGUCGUGUUUGGAAUCAUCGGUUUGUGGUUCUUGGCGUGGACGCCUUAUGCGGUGAUUUCUAUGAUGGGUGUGUUUGGUUAUGAGCGUUUGUUGACACCGCUCGGGUCGAUGGUACCGGCAAUAUUCGCUAAAAUUGCCUGCUGCAUCGAUCCCUACUUCUACGCCAUGAACCAUCCCCGUUACCGACAGGAACUGCGACGCAUGUUCGGCAAAGGCCAGCAGGAUGUUGCCAACUCACAGUAUCAAACGUCCCGGUACACCCGUGGUGGCAAUUCGGAAGCUGCUCCCGACGAACGCGUUACGCUCGGGCCGCAAGCAGGUAAGGUCGACGAAGAACCGGCUGCCGGCGGUGUUGCCACUCGUAGGGGUGCUCUUCAACGGGCUCAAUCUUCCAUUUCAGCAGCCGACGAAACCACGCUGUCCGUCUCGGUCGAUCUGACCGAAAGCCGGCCGAACAACGGGGCCCACUAG